CGCGGUUGCGUCACUAAGCUGCGUCCAGGUUCUCGGCGGCUGCUCUGGUGCGGGCGGAGGUGCUGCCGAAGGCUGUCCCGAGGUAGACUCCUCUUGGCUCUCCCGUGGAGGAGGCGGCGCCCACUGCAGUCCCGGAUGCACGAACUUCCCGCGGGACGUCGCCGGAGGCGGUGGCCGUGUGCGCGCAGGAGCGAGCUGCCCGCGUGGGGGUGUGAGCCGGCCCCCGGGUCGCGUCCCGGAGGGAGCCGCGUCGCCCGCCGGCCUGCGGCUGCUCGAAGGUAGCUACUUCCUGUAAGCGAGCUCCAGAGCUGAGCUGCAAGGAGUCUUGGCCGUGUUGGACGGAGACGGGCCCCAGGGGCGACUUUCUUUUUCGCGUUGUUCCGAGGUGGACGCAGCUUCCCUUAGUGAGCCGCAGUGAGGAAGUCCAUGGGUGGAACUACUCUGCCAUGGUUAAAUACUUUAAAUGGGAAUAAAGGAUAGCAUUUCCAAGAAAAUGAGAAUGAAUAAGUCGUCUCUAUUUUUUAAAAAAAAGACCACAUUAAGCUUACAUGGUCUCUCACUGAACCUGUAGCUGUGCUGGCAACAAGCAAGCCUGAGCAAGCCUGUUUCUUUGCCUUCUCCCUCCUGUUCCCAGUGCUGACAUUAUAGGCAUUGAUGACUUUUUUAAACAUGGAUACUAGGGUUUGAACUUGGAUCCUCAUUUUUGCUGAGCUAUCUUACAUACCUCCUAUGUUGUUCUCAUUCAGCUGUCAAUAAGCUUGGCCCUGUCUUAUAAAAAAUAUCUCCAUGGCAUCCGCUCAACUGCAGGUGGUUGACCUUCAGUUACAGAGAGUAGUAAUAGGGUAUGACCAGAUCAGAGACUAGCAAAGCAACUCAUUUAUUUCAGGAUAUUCACACAUAACGUCCUGCUACUGAACAGUAAGUCCAGAUGAGAUAAUCCAUUUUCAUAAUUUAGUGGCCGGUUGCUGCCUUAGAAUUUUAAGACAAGCCUCCCAUUCCUCCCCCAACUGGUAUAUUUCCAGAAGUAAGCAAACUGAAAAAGCAACCUUAAUUCUAGAAAGCCUUUUAAAUCAAAUUUGUUACCAUAAAUGAGUGUUUUUGUGGGAAGCCACCACAGAUAACUGUACAGAAAUUUUAAUUUAGAACAUGGCUGCCCUAGCUAGAGAUCAUAUCUAAAGACCUAAGUUUGUGUAAUUUGGCUGAAAUACAAAUACGCCUUCAAAUCCAGGAGACAUGCAAGCAGAUCUAAGUUCAAGGCCAGCCUGGUAUAGAGCAAAUUUCUGGUAAAGAAAAGCUUCGGUGCAGGAGUAGUGGUGCAUGCCUUUAAUCCUGAACAAUCCUGAAGGUAAAGUUAGUUUGUAGAAGGAAGUACCCAUGUUUGAAAGUGAUGUUUAAUCGAAUGGCAGAAAUAAAGAUAAAUCAGAGAAAGAUUUGACAGAAUAGGAUAUGCCCAACUCUCACAAGAAGAGAGGAAAGGGAAGGUACUUAAGGGACAAUGCAAAGAGAGAAGAGGCAGUUUUACUGGUACAGUAAUAGUCAGGUUGCAGAGAGAGGUUGAAUUUGAGAACAAGCUAGGUCAACACGGAAUGAGCCAGAGAAUGAAAAGGAGCCAGGAGAUUAGAAAAGACUGCUAAGCAGCGCAAUUCAGAGGCAGAGAGAAAAAGCCAGAUUUACUAAGUUAGUUGGGAGAGGAGUUUGAGCCAAAAUAGUUGAGUUGUACCAGCCAUCCCAGUGCUCAAUAAGAACCUGAAAAGGGUGGAUUUAUUAAACAGUAAAUCUCAGAGGCCUAGAUUAGAUUGUAUGGUGGCUAGAAGCUUUCAGGACUAGGCCUAGGUUAGCAGAAGGAGGCAGUACGCCCCCAAGACAACAACUGAACCAGAUGAAUAAAAGUUACUUUUACAGGUAACCAAAGUAAUUGUCUGUAAGGAGCUUAGUGGUUUUGAAGAUGAAGAGGUUUGUGUUUUUUUGUUUUUUGUUUUGUUUUGUUUUUGUUUUUUCAGGGAACUUAGACUUGGCUCAGUGGUUAAGAGCACUGUUGUUCUUGCAGAGGACCAGCUUCACAACCAUCUGUAACUCUUGUUGCUGGAGACCUGACACCCUCUUCUGGCCUUCGAGGGUACUGGCGACACACAUGGAUAUAUGCAUAUUUGAAGACUGUAUCAUCCUGUCUCCAGUACAAGCAGUUUUUUCUCUGUUCUGUGAUCAAUGUCACUCACAGGAACUUAAGUAACAAACGAAAUGAGCCUGGGGCGUGGAAAAUAUGACUUUUAUAUUGGUCUGGGGUUAGCUAUGACCUCCAGCAUUUUCAUUGGAGGGAGUUUCAUUUUGAAGAAAAAAGGCCUUCUGCGACUUGCCAGAAAAGGUUCCAUGAGAGCAGGUCAAGGUGGCCAUGCAUAUCUUAAAGAAUGGUUGUGGUGGGCUGGACUGCUGUCAAUGGGAGCUGGUGAAGUGGCCAACUUUGCUGCAUAUGCAUUUGCUCCGGCCACUCUAGUGACCCCACUAGGCGCACUCAGUGUCCUCGUAAGUGCCAUUCUGUCUUCAUAUUUCCUAAAUGAAAGACUUAAUCUUCAUGGGAAAAUUGGGUGUUUGCUAAGUAUUCUAGGGUCUACAGUUAUGGUCAUUCAUGCUCCAAAGGAAGAGGAGAUUGAGACCUUAAAUGAAAUGUCACAUAAGUUAGGUGACCCAGGUUUCGUGGUUUUUGCGACAUUUGUGGUCAUUGUUGCCUUGAUAUUCAUCUUUAUAGUGGGACCUCGACACGGACAGACGAACAUUCUUGUGUAUAUAACAAUCUGCUCUGUGAUUGGAGCGUUUUCAGUCUCCUGUGUGAAGGGUUUAGGCAUCACCAUCAAAGAGUUGUUGGCUGGAAAGCCUGUUCUGCGACACCCCCUUGCCUGGAUUCUGCUGCUUAGCCUUGUGGUCUGUGUGAGCACACAGAUUAAUUACCUAAACCGGGCUCUGGACAUCUUCAACACUUCCAUUGUGACUCCAAUCUAUUAUGUGUUCUUUACAACUUCAGUUUUGACUUGUUCAGCUAUUCUUUUUAAAGAAUGGCAAGAUAUGCCUGUUGAUGAUGUCAUUGGGACUUUGAGUGGCUUCUUCACAAUCAUUGUGGGGAUAUUUUUGUUGCAUGCCUUUAAAGAUGUCAACUUUAGUCUAGCAAGUCUGCCUGUAUCUCUUCGAAAAGAUGAAAAGGCAGUGAAUGGCAAUCUCUCUAAUAUGUAUGAAGUUCUUAAUAAUAAUGAAGAAGGCUUACUCUGUGGAAUUGAGCAUAAUGGUGAAAAUAUCUCCCGUAGAAAUGGAAAUCUGACAUCUUUUUAAGGCUAUGAUUGAAAAGCUAACCUAUAAUUCUGUUAUAAAGUGAUUUAAAAUGAGUAUCAGAAUGUAUCUGAAAAAAACUGUCCUCAAAUAAUGUCCUCUAAAGACAAUCUUUUUUAAGUUUCCACUAAUUUGGAUCAAGAAAUUACUUUUCUUAUAUUUAAACAAUGGUAGCUCACUAAAAUGACCUCAGUACAUGGCUAAUUUCUAAUAACAUUGUAUUAUUAUAAAGGUAUUUUUAUUCAUUUUCCAGAAAUCGAAAUGCACUAAUGACAAAUUUAAGCCUAUAAAAAUGUUUUAUUUUUUUCAUUGGUGAUGAACAUUAAAAUGUACAUUGUAAUCCCAUCCCAUCAAUCCCUCCUCAUACUAAGGCUUGUUGACUAUAAAUAUGUAUGUGUGCGUAUGAGAUUCCAAGAAGAUAAUUCUCAGGUGGUGUUUUGUACCCAAACAUCUGGUUUCCCACUCAAACUUGAUGGCCUCCUUUUUGGAAAACACCACUGUGCUGUAGUCAGUACUUGCUGUGUCCAUAGUGACUAGAGCUCUGUGUUAUCUAGCGUGAGCUCUUGGACCUUUCCAGUGUAUGUUUAUAGUGGGUUAGUUGUUACUCAGCCCUUUUAACAACUCUGGGAUGUCAAGACAACUUCUGUGGUUUGUUUAGAAACUCAUGCUUGAAUGAAAUGACAUUAGAACAAAGUCCUGAUUCUGAUUCCAAAUGCUUAAAUUUAAAAUGUUUGUAAAAUACGGUCUCUGAACCAAGAGGUUUAUUUUGCUUAAGAGUUUGAACCUUACACAUUUGGUUUUUUAGAAACUGUGAAAAGUGUUUAUAAAAAAUGCAAAUAGGUACAAAAAGCAAGGCCAAUGUAAGGAGUACUCUCCAGCUUCAGACCUGCCUACUUCCUAGUUAGGUGUUGGUCUAAAAAAAAAAAAAUCACCCUCCAUCUGACCAGCAAAUGACAGAACUGAGGUUUGGGCCUAUACCUAUUUCCUGUUCCUUCCUGUGGUUGCAUAGUGACUUUGUACUGGUUUUGUGGGGGGAAAUUUUUUUUUUUGGGGGGGUAGCUUUAUUAUCACCACUCUAAAGAGCCCUUGCCUUUUUUUUUUCUCUGACUGCCUCCUUCUGUGUAACUCCUUUUUGGCCACAUACUGAGCUACAUUUCCAACCUUCUUAUGUAACUUAAAUGCCAGAGAUUAUAGGACCUCUCCCAUCCCCAGAUAUAUUGUAUCUGUUUUAUGUACUGUUAUCUGUCUUAUUUUGCACAUAAAAAGCCAACGUUCAUUCCCUUGGGGAUGAAACGUUUCCUCUUUGAGAAUGUGGGUGUUGUACGUACAACACCUUAUACAUAUAUAAUCUUGUAGGUAAACAUUUUAUUUGGCCUAUCAACUGGUAAUACAGUUAUUGACUUUUAAAAUCUACACUUCAUAGGUUCAGUACAGAUGUCAUUAUGACUGACUAUUCAUAUCAAUAAAAAUAUUUUAGGUAACUUUUUGAUAAAUAGGCUUGUUAAAGAUGUAAUUCAGGUUUACAGUACAGCAGAAUAGUACUUGUGUUUUAUUUUCUGUGUAAAAUAAAGCUCAAAGCUUUUGGA